AUGGAGACUAAGACUUUUGAUGUUGUCUAUGACCCUUCACGUUCAGCAAAAGACAUCACUAUUCGACUGGCAAUGCCAGUUGAAGAAGAUUUGGGCCCCGAUCUAGAUGAAUUUUGUCGAUUGAGACGAUUGGGGCAGUUCAAGGACGCCAGGAGCCUGUAUAGAGCCAGACUGGAGCGCCAUAGCACAACUCCGUACAUUUUCUUACACUACGCAGAGAUGCUGGUGGUCUCUGGAGACUACAGAAGUUUUCACGAGCUGACCUAUCCUCAGGUCGGCCGGAAUACUGGACAGGAAUCACUUGCCGACCUCAAACUUCGGACUAACUUCGAGCUUUUACGACUGCUUUCCCGCCCAAGCACUUCAGUUUACACCCGUGACUCGAUAUUCACUGUGCAAGAGGCCCUUGAAAGCCUUAAUAAAGAGCAAGAAUUUGGCUCAACAGAGCUGUACGCUCUCUGUCUACAGGUGUUGAAUCACCUGAGAAACUCUCAUCACUGGAACAUCAUCUCCCAGACAACCGAAGAUGCAAAGAAAAUAUUCGACUGGAAAGGCCUGUACUAUCAACUACUGGGCGAAGACCGUAUCUGGGACUUCAGAGAUCUUGUAGUCACCACAGUCUCUCUUUUCGGGUGGGAAGAGACAGGUUCCAUGCUCUUCGACUCCACGCCUUCGCAUGAAAUACCCGAACUUAUCCAUCGUGACUGGCUACAAUCUUGCGAUGACGGAGCGACAGUACUUGGACUCUUGGAUAUCUUCACGUCCCUCGCGCUGGAGAGCUCUGCACGGGAUAAUACACGGCCUGGUGUGUUAGGCGCGUUCAUUAAACAUGCUCCGGUCCUGGCCGAAUAUGUCCAGCGCUGUGGUCCAGAUGCAGUGACUACACGACCCUUCAUUCAGUGGAUUCUCGCCAAGACAGUGGCAGAACUGCGCAUGGCACCAGGAUUUCAGUACACCGGUCUUGAUAACUGGGAUGGACUGCUGGUCAAUCAAGGGGAGAGUUUACAUCUUCCUGUCUUCGUUCCACUCAACCCGUCGGAGAAACCGAGCUGGAGGAUGUUUCUGGCAACGUCCAACACAACCCAACGGAGCGCUACAAAGGUAGCCUACAGAGCGGCCUUGCAUACCGAUGAUCUUUACUUACAAGCAAUGGCCUUGAAACUUCUUUCUCUGCAGUUGGACAACCCACGGGAACCAUUGAGGACCCUCUCACUUCUGCAGAUGGGUAUGCAAGGUGAUAUAGAUGGGUCCCUGAGCACCUCCUUAUCCAGAUACCUCUUGGUGGAGAAUCUAUCAGAGGCCAGGUCUCUUGUACAAGAACUCUCAGACUUCGACAGUCUUUCAGGGGGCGAGUCACUUCUUUAUUCCGGUGUGAAUCCAUGCCUUCUCUGGGCUCGCGACGUUAUCCUUGGACAUCUUCUUGCAGCCAUCUCCGGUCCCAAAAGCGCAGGAGCUAGGGAGUGGGAGAGAAAUGUGAGGAUAUACGGCUCUAAGCUACCUGAAGAUAUUAGAUGCUUCAUAAAGGACCGCUUGCACGUUCCGGUUCCUCCGGUCACCACUGCACCGACCCGACUUUCAAACAUAACUGGGGACCAGAGCCACCAGCCGCAUGAUGUACCAUCUAACCCGAUGAUACGUGAUCGUGAUGUGCGGAGUCAUCUCUCGGAGGCGGACAGCGGCUAUGAGAAUAGGCUCUCGAAGCAGUCCCAAGUUAUAACCGACCGAGCCUACGGCCUGACUCCCAGGACAUGCUCAAUCAACAGCAACUACUUGUUGGCUUAG